CUCGUAUUCUCUGUACUUCGACAAGGGCUAACCAUAGUCGUGAAAUCGAGCAAAAAAAAAAGUCAAGGCUAUGCUGUGGCCAGAGACGGCAAUCCGCGUGCAGAACAAUGCCGUCUACUGACUUCACAGGCGCCGCCGCAGCAGCGCGCACUCUCCUGUGAUGGUUGGCUGCCGGUGAUCGAGGAGCUUAAUGAACGCCCUCUUUGUCAUGACGCCUGCACUGUUGCUGCUGCUCUUGUCAUUCUCGCUUGUACAGGCAAGCGAGACAGACACCCCACAGCCCAACUGCACUGCAACAUUUAAAAUACCCGCGCGCCGCUGCAAGCUGAUUUGCCUCACAAGAUUCGCCGCUCGCAUUAUACCCCUCUUCAAAAUUAUAAACAAGCCUGACGGCACGAAAUGCAAAAGAUUACUGUCCGGGAUGAAAGGACGUUGUCAGGAAGGAAGAUGCAUACUUGGCGGCGUGUUGGGUUUCUUUAUUAAUAAAACUCCGCUGAAGCACAUCGGAUAAGCGAUUCUUCGAGCAAUUAAGGCCUUUCUCUGUCGAAGAAAGCCCUUUAAUUUGCAUCAAAACUCUAAAGAAGAAAACACUGUAAUAAAACCUAUUCGUGAU